AUGGUCAAAGAAGAUGAGGAUGUUCUCAAGCUUGCUCAAAUCGUGGAUUCGCAGUUACAGCAGCAGACCUCUGUUCAAGUAACUUAUAUUCGAACUAUUGUUGAAACCCUUCAACGCCCGGUUCAACGAUUGGUGGACGAAUCGACGAUAUAUGCGAAGAAGGGCUCAAGCUCCUCGUCGAUCCUGCUUCUCCAUGGAAUUCCUGGAUCUGGGAAAACGCACCUUAUUACUGCCGUAGUUGACGCCUUCCUUGAAGAGCGCUUGCUCAAUACCCUCUGCGCCCCGAUCGCCUACUUCUACUAUGGUGACAGUCGGUUCGGUAGAAAAUGGGCCGAUCCAGAGGAGUUAAUGCGCUCGAUAACUCGACAAUUUGCAAUUGUGGACAAAGAAAAACUCAAGAUCCACGAGUCUGUUUCUCUCAAGUAUGCGCAUAGGGAAGCAGAAGCCAAGCUGGAUGGCUUUGAGAUUCCUAAGCUUCGGAGGAUCGACGACAUGAAUCUUUUGCAUGCUUUAACUCGGAUUCGGGACGAGUCUGCUAGUGUUGUCAAGAUCUUUCUGUCAAGUCGGGACAACAGCAAUAUUUUUGCAGGCUUGCCAGAUGCUUCGAAGGUUCGCGUGCAGGAGACCGAUUCUCGACAAGAUAUGGAAAUGUACGUCAGACACCGUGUAUCGACUGUUAUUACUAGUCGAAAACUGCUCAAUGACUGUGUGCCGGAUGAUCUGCAACAGCAGCUGAUCGAUUUCCUCCUCAAAAAGGCCGGUGAGAUGUUUCUUGGGGUAAAUCUGCAGAUGGAAAGAUUCUGCAAGCUGAGAUCCGCAAAGAGUGUCAUAGACGAGAUUAAAGAUCCGUCGUCAAUCUCUGCUACAAUCAACUCUCUUUACUCCGAUAUCCUCGAAAAUCUCAAACAGACCGACCCCAUCGCUAUCUACUGGCCAUUUCAAAUUGCCGCAUACAUUGGAGAUCUUUCAAUGAUGGAAUUUCUCAUUGAGCAAGGAGCUCAUAAAAAUGAUACCGGAGGGCUGUUCGGAUCAGCCUUGAUUGCAGCAAUGAUAAAGGACCGGCACGAUGCUUUCAAUUUUCUUCUCGCCGCCUGUGGAAUCAACGUCAACCUAUGGUCAGCAAAACAUGGGACUGCUUUGCAUUAUGCGUGCAGAUAUAAGGAUGCUAAGACUGUUCAACUUCUCCUCGACCACGGUUUGGAUGUAAAUCUCGACGGGUUGAGGCUUGAAAGCCCUCUAGCAGCAGCCCUGAGCCGAGUGGUUACAGACCCAAGCCAACGCAGAAUGCGGAGAUUCAAGUCAGCCGACGACAACUUCGAAGAGGUGUUAAAUGUGCUUCUUCGAUAUGGCCAUGGCCUCCAAAUAAGAGAUGCAGAUCUUGUUCUGGCGGCACAAGUGCCAUCCUAUCACUUGAGAUUGUCGAAGAAAACAGCACUAGAAUGUCUGUUCGAAGACCAUGCGGAUAUAGCAGUUACCCAGGAUAUGAUAGCUGCUGCUGUCCCCCUUGACGAUUCCAGUGAAUGGGGUUUGAAGACACUUCUAGACCAUGCCAAUGGGGUGGAAAUUACCACCGAGAUUCUAAAUUCUGUCAGAAGCUCAGGAACGCUGAGUGCCUUAUUCCAAUUCCAACCGCGAUGCGAAAUCAGCUCAGAAGUCUUCGAAGCAUUUUCCAGGGUUGAUUAUGGAGGACCUUACCUACUGGAAGUCCUAUUGGAUCAAGAGCCACAGGCAAUCCCCCCUCAACUCAAUAUUGUCUCAUUCUUAGAGCGUGAUACACGGGUCACCGACCACUCGGUGGACAUACUCCGAGCCCUGCUCAAUCGCGCUCCAGACAUGGAGAUUACGGACAAUAUUCUCAUGGCCGUCACACACCCCGAUCAACUGCGAUUACUCCUUCCUCGAUAUCGGUGUCUCCUUGUCCCAGACAAUGUGCUGGCGAGUGUGUUUUCAGAAAACUCUAGCAACUAUAAACUCAAGCACCUGAAGAUUUUUUUCAAUCACUACCCAACUUUGAAGAUUGGUCCCGGACCAUUUUCCGCCUGGUCGGAAGACGGAGAUGCCGACUGCCUUGAAGCUUUUCUUGGGCAGGAUCCGGACCUUUCUAUUCCUUCAAAUUUCCCGUCAACAUUAAUCAACAUAUUACGGUGGUGCCAUAGAGCAGAAGACGUGGUCGAGGUGCUCCUCCGAUACGGUAAGAAGGUUAACUUCACACCUGAAAAUCGGAGGGACAUCGACGAACUAUUACAACUUCAGUCGGAGAAUGACCUCAAGCGCCUUCUCUUGAGUCUUGAGCAUGAGAGUCAAGGCUGA